AAACGUAGGUCCAAAAGGCCCAAAACAAUGCAUGAAAGAUUCUGCUGCAGAACUGCCGAUGUGAAAGUUCAACUUCCCAUGGCUUCAUCUAAGAAACCAACGGAAGGGAAGAAGAUCAGCAGCAGCACCGCCGGCGAGGGAACAAAAGCCACGAAAACGUUGGACAAGACAACGGGAACCCCCAAGAAGCUGAAGCGAAAGACUGACAAGAAAAACAACAGAAGUCGCAAUGGCAUGGUCGACAAGUCCGAGGUUCCGACCGACCCGUCUUCAAGCACCGAAUCCGAGGAGUCAGAACCAGACGGAGAAGAAGAAAGGGGUGGCAAGGUUAAGAAUCAAUGCGAUGAGAACCCACAUCCAAAGAAAAGGAAACAAAAAGGAGGAGAAGAUGAGGAUGAGGAACAAAAGGAGGAAGCUAAGAUGUAUAGGUUCCCAAUGAACAGGAUCAAGACGAUGAUAAAGAGUGGAGAUUGUGAGAAGGGCAUUACCCAGGAUGCUAUUUUCCUUGUUAGUAAGGCCACGGAGAAGUUCCUUGAGCAAUUCUGUGACGAUUCAUAUUGGUUUGCAGUCAAGGACCGUAAGAAAUCCCUUGCUUACAAGCACCUGUCAUCAGUUGUAAGUAAACGGAAGAGAUUUGACUUUCUCUCUGAUUUCGUUCCUGAGAAAGUGAAAGCUGGGGAUGCCUUGGAGGGGAUGAAAUUAUUUGAGACACAACUUGGAUAGGCCUUUGGAAUGCAAGCUAGCAAUAGCUAGCAAUUCUGAUCUUUCACUGCCCUGUUUUGAGCAGCUUUGAUGAUCAGGCUCUUUCCACUGGUCUGUUUUAUUUUUCAAACAGUAUCGCUGCUUGGAACGGUCUAAGUUUGUUUGCAACCACAAAUGGGAUCCAUGUUUGAGAGGAUCUCCCUCUGGAGAUUGUAUCCUGAAAAAAUCAACUCAAAAUCAUGUGUGUCUGUAAUUGGAUUGGUAUCAGAGGGCUGAGCUAGUUCCAAAAACAUAUCUUGCUUCACUUGUUUUUGAAGAUUUAUAAGUUUUCUUCCCUGUGAGAUAAUUGUGAUUUUGAGACUUCUUAUCAUCAUAUUUCAUUAACAUAAGAUUCGAGUUAUAAACUUGAUUUUUGUUU